CCCUCACCCAACUAAUCAAAUGAAGAUCCACUGCGACGCUUGUAACAAACACCACGCUUCCAUUUUCUGCACCGCCGACGAAGCCGCCCUCUGCGACGCCUGCGACCACCGUGUCCACCAUGCCAAUAAACUCGCCUCCAAACAUCAACGCUUCUCUCUCACCCAACCUUCUGCAAAACACCAUUCCACCUGUGAUGUUUGCCAGGAGAGAAGAGCUUUUGUGUUUUGUCAGCAAGAUAGAGCGAUUCUGUGCAAAGAGUGUGACUUUUCCAUUCAUUCUGCUAACGACCUUACCAAGAACCAUAACAGGUUUCUUUUCACUGGGAUUAGGCUCUCUGCUACUUGCACGCUUUAUUCAUCAACACCCUCUACUUCUUCUUCCAAUUCCAAGAAAAACCUUGUUCUCGAUUCACAUCCACCUUUGAUGACCAAGGCUUCGAAUUCUCCUUCAACAGUGCCAACUCCUGUUACUAUGAAUACCAAUGAAGAAGCUGGUUUCACGAGUAGCAUAUCGGAGUACUUGAUCAACACUAUCCCUGGUUGGAAGUUCGAAGAUUUCCUCGACUCACCUUCUGUUCCCUUUGCUUCCUCUAAGAAUGGUGAUGAAAUGUUGUCACUGCUUGAUGGUGAUAUCGAUAAGGGAAAUUUGGUUUCUUUUUCGGCCGGUGGUAUAUGGGUUCCUCAAGCACCUUUUUCUAUACAAAUGGAUGGGCAAAAUGGGUACAGAGAGACAAGGGAAGGAAGCAACAGAUCAAGGUCUGGAGAUGAUAAUUUCAUAGUUCCACAGUUAAGCCCUCCCAUCAUGAAUGCAUCCAAGAGACCAAGACUUCUGUGGUAAAACAGAUUCAACUUUUUAGGCCACCUAGUUUCGAACCUUUUGGCUUCUUUUUCCCCCCUCAAACUAUGUGGCUUGAAUUUCACUCUCCCCUUGUUGUUUUGGUUCUGUUUGUAUUUUUUUUUUUGGGGUUGGGGGGGGGGUGGUUUGCCCUCUCCUUUUUGAACUCACUCUUGUCUACUUCUCCCUCAACCGGGUUGUGUACUUGAUAAACUAUUGUCUCUCUUUCACGUUGUAAAUAUGAACGUUUUAACUUUUAAGAGCUCUGGAUGUUGAGAUUGUUU